AUGUCUACUCUUAAAGUCAUCACGCCUUCCUUCACAGCCAACACUCGCACUUCGUCCUUCUCUCAACCUUAUCCAUCCCAGUCUUCACGCAUGUCUCUUCGUCGCACUGCUUCUUUUCUCUCCUUGUCGGACUAUGACGGUGACGAGGAUACCUCGUUACAGUCUGGCCCCUUUUCAUCUUCGAUUUACGCAAAGACCCAACCCCCUGUCGUUCCCUACAAUCGUACCCUGUACCACUACAAGGAGCAGCGUGAACGGCGUAAAGCUGCCCUCAGCCGCAACCGUCCCGACAGCCCGCUAAACAACACUAACAAUCUUCAAUUACCAAAGCCUCGCUCGCCACACAAACAAAUAGUAGGGCUGCGGACCUCUUCCCCUUUAUCACCGACCCCGAAACUCCUUCCGCCCCGCGCUUCUUUCCCUCGUUCGAAGCCCGAACCGGACUUGUACCGCAUCGCAAUCAGAACCCGUAUGCGGUGCUCCCCUGAAGGCGCGAAGAUUCUUCGCAUGGGUCCUCGCAUGGCUGUGUCUAUUUUGGCCGCCACUCGUGACCUCGAGAUGCUUGUGUCAACCAGGACAGUGAUGAACUACAGCGAUGACUGGGAAAUGCUUGACUGCAGUGCGUGAUGCAACCCUGAUGCCAACAUGCGAGAUUCGCAUCACGCUCUCACAAAUGAUCUGACGAUCUGGGAUGACCUGAAACGAUUCAGAUCUGUACGAGAGCAAUCACAUGAAUUUGUUGAAUUUUUACGAGGGGUCUUCAUUCAUUGGCAUUUAUAUUCGUUCACUUCGUCUGUCUAAUAUGCCGGAAGAUCAUUGGACGUUCGGAUUGACUGUUGUACCAAUACUUAGUUAUUUUCACGUGUUCUCUUCGACCAACCAUACCCCACACGAUCAUGUAGUUGUAUUGCAUCAUUCAUUCAUUAUUUACUUCUUAUGAUCAUACACACUCCUUUGCACGAAUUUUCGUUUCCAGAAACAGAGAUAUCAAUACAUCACUUUUGGGGCUGUGUUUCCCGUUCCACGA